GAUAGCUAAUCUCUUACAUUUUACAGUGGGUAUGGAAUAAAAUGUUCACAAUGUCGUUGAUAUUCACAAAAAAUAUUGUUGAGCUACGGUUAAAUUCAUGUGAUGGUGCCAGUUUGCCACAGUGAAACUUAAACAUGUUAAAACUGUUUUCUUAUUGGUUCAAAUGUCUCCAUCCAUCAGCUACAUUUUUUACUCCAUCCAUUUUUGCAGUGGAAUUUCACACUUAGCUGAUUAAAAAAAAUAUGACAAGCAGCUCUGUUACUGGAACAAUAAAUUAAAUAAGUCAUAUACUGUAUAUACAGUACCAGUCAAAAGUUUGGACACCCCUUCACAUUCAAUGUUUUUAGGGCCCGAGCACCUCCGGUGGGAGGCCCUAUUGCAAUUGUAAGGAUUAUUCUGAGCGUAGUAAAUGGGCUUUUUGAGGGCUUCAACAUGCUCAAAAAGUUUUAAAAGUUUGCAGUAAAUUAGAAAGUGGUGAAAAUUUACGUAUUCUGGAGUAUUUGGAAAUGGGCGUGACAAAAUGGCUUGUCUUGUUUUUGGUGCGUCUUACACUUGGAUGUAUUUCUCCUCAUCCACUUUGCGAAACCAUGUCAAACUGUGUCAAAUGGGUCUCAAGACAUUGAUAAUGUAGGCAUAAGAUUACUGCGACUUUCCAUCAUGCAGAUUAUUAAUGGCGUGGCAUCAAAGUUCAUCAGCUCACCAUGACACACGAAAUCGCUAUUUCUUUGGUGUUCAAGGUUCAACCUCCCUCAAACUACAUGUGUGUAUCAACAGCCCCCCCUUGAAGAUAUUCAGAUGAUUUUUUUGGAAUGGGCGUGGAAAAUAACUGACUAGCACCCCCUAAAGGGCAGCCCCGGCACUACGAUUGGUCUACAUCUAAAAAAAUCGAUAGGGACAUCUUUUUUUUCUUCAAAAUAAGUUUCUGAGAUUUCUGUUCUUGAUGGUGUAUUAGUGUCAACUGAGGGAAGGAAAUGGUUGAUUUUAUUUCUAAUAGUUAGAAUGUAAUGAUUGAAGAAGUCUAUAAAGAUAGAAAUACUGGCUUCGACGGAGGUGUCUCUCUAUCAAGCCUGGCUUCUGUGCUGAAGAGAAACCUGGGGUUGAUUUUAUUGUCUUCUAAUAAUGUGGAGUAGUAGACAGCUCUUGCUUUGUGGAGGGCCUUCUUAUUUGCUUUAACACUAUCUUUCCCGGCUAGGAGAUUUUCAACACAGUUGUUACAGCGCCACUUCCUUUCCAGUUUUCUUGACACUUGUUUGAAUUCAUGUGUCCUGGAAUUAUACCACGAAGCUGAUCUACUAUGUUUAACCCAUUUCUUUUUUAGAGGUGCUAUUGAGUCAAAUGUUAAUCAUAAUGACCUUACAGAGCUAACAACGGCAUGAUCAAUCUCAGUGGAGCUAGGUUUUUCAAAGAAUUCGUUGGCUAUGUCGACGGAUUAUUAGGGUUUAAAUGUAAUUGGAAUUAUGUCCUUAAAUUUAGCUACAGCACUAUGAGGUAGACAUCCAGAAAAGGAGUUUUUUAUUAAUGGUAUAUAUUCUGGUAAGGAAAAAUCAAAGGUUAUUAAAUUAUGGUCUGAUAGUAUCGGAUAAGGAGGAAGUACUAUUAGAUGUUCAAUUUUGACACCGUAUGAUAAUACAAGGUCAAGUGGGUGGUUACAACAAUGAGUAGGAUGGCGUACACACUGAGAGGAACCAAUUGAGUCUAUUACUGAAAUAAAUGCAAUGCUAAGGCUAUCAUUAUUAUUAUCAACAUGAAUAUUGAAGUCCCCGACAAUAAUUGUUUCAGUUUUUAGGAAUAGGUUUGAACCAUUACUUAGUUAUGCUGCUAUAGGUUUAGACUGCCGGGGGAACUCCUAUCAUGCACUGAGCAGUUAUCUAUCGCUGAUAUCAUUAUUAACAUCAUUACAUCUGUAAAUGUCAUCUUUAAUUAAUUUUUUACAUUAACACAUCUUUUCCUGGUCCUCCCUUCCCUCUAUCUCCUCUCUUGCUUUUGUCUACCCACCUCUUCUCUCUCCUCCAUUUUUCUCUGUUAAUCCCAACCGGUCGAGGCAGAUGGCCGCUCACAUUAAGUCUUGUUCUGCUAGAGGUUUCUUCAAAGUUAAUGAGGGUUUUUCUUGAAAUAAAAAACAGUUGCCAAAGUGCUUUCUAAUUGUGGGAACUGUGGAGUUUCUCUAUGAGAAAUCUCUUUGUAAGGUCUCAACCAAACAAUGUAAAUGAUGAUAAGAUAGUGUGUCAUAUUUUGGCACUAUAUAAUUAAAGUAAAACUGAAUUGAAUGGAAAAUUAUAUGAUACAUAUACUUUCUGCAACACUAAGAUUUUUUUCUCAAAGAGGUCCCUUAUAAACGGGUUUACAUUUGGUGACAUGGCUUCCAGACUUCAGGUAGGAAGUGAACACAAAAACAAUUGUUUUAUUUAUUCAUAUAUUUAUUUAAUGGGAAGUGAACCAAUACAAAAAAAUUCAGAUUAUAUCACAAAAUGAUAAUGGUAUAUGAACUGCAUUUAUAUAUCAUUUUCUAGUCUCAUUAACCACCUAGACGGCUUUACAGUACAAGCUACAUUCACUCAUUCACAUACCUUCAUACAGCAAACCUACAUGCCACACUUUUUCUAUCACACACAGCCGUUAGGGGCAAACUGCAGACUGGAGAAGCCUUGGAUCCUGAGUCACAGCUGCCCCCAUAUCGUAUUUUACACUCUUUGGAGUUCACUGAUCUCUGAUUCGCGAUCUACCAUCAUGGUCCAUCGUGUGGCAGCAGCUGCAGUACUGGAUAUGCAAACGAUAAAGAACAAGGACUGCUGGAAAGAAAUCAAGUCAGUAACAUGUAUUGAUGAGAUAUUAAAGUCAUAAAUUAUGAGGGAGAAGAGAAAGGAAAAUCUACAUGUGUAAUGUUUCCCCAGACAUUCUAGACCUACAGCAGCUUAGGGUUUCCUAAAUUUCCCACGGGAUUAAUAAAGUAUCCAUCUAUCUAUCUAUCAAUGGGGAAAUUUGUGUUUACACUGUUUAAAAUAGCCACAUUAUAGGAACAGAGGAUAUUUUAAAAUGUCACAAAAAGACACACCUUUGGCAAGGUUUAUGCCCAAAAAAAUCAAGAAAAAUGUUGUUCCAGUGGUGUGCAAAUAGGGCGGUGCUUAUAUAGAGUUAUAUCAAGUUAAUCAUGAACAUAUCCUGCUUGAAGCAGUUUCAAGUUGACAAAUUGCCAUGGCAGCUUAUCUGGUCAAUCGUUAAUCAUAAAGUUACACCUGACAACACAAAGUUACCCCUUAAGCUUGCUUCAUGGUACAACCCUUCGGUCAGACCCCACCACCAUGGAGAGCGCCCCUCCUACGAAGGUUUAAGAGGCCAGUGUUGCUCAGAUCACACUCAACACUCAGCGCUUCAGUUUAUUCAAAUUUUUGUCACUAGACUAAUGUUCCAUUCUUUUCAGAGUUUUCCAGAAUGGAAUUUAGACAUUUUGUCCAUUUAGAAGAGCAUUGUCCAAUCUGUGGAGAUACAGUCUCUGGAUAUCACUACGGUCUGCUGACCUGCGAAAGCUGCAAGGGUUUUUUCAAAAGAACGGUCCAAAACAACAAGAAGUACUUCUGUGCAGUAAACCAGGCAUGCUGCAUUGAUAAAACUCAGAGGAAACGGUGUCCGUUCUGCAGAUUUCAAAAGUGUCUUCAAGUUGGCAUGCGACUGGAAGCUGUUCGAGCAGAUCGUAUGCGUGGUGGCAGAAACAAGUUUGGCCCUAUAUACAAGCAAGAUCGUGCCCUCAAGCAGAGAAAGGCUUUGAUUCAAGCUUGUGGAUUCAGAAGUGAGAGCAAAGCACCUCUGAUCUUCUCAAAAUCCCAUCGUGUCUCUAACUUUACUGGUGGCCUACAACCAGAAUCAGUCCUUCACAGCACCCUGGUGACCAAAGCACAGAAUGACUGUAUGAGCUACAUGUCUCCACCACUUCUGCCCUCCAGCUCACCUUGUGGCACAAAGUAUCAUUGCUUCUCCUUUUCAAACUGGACAAUCAGACCAGAGCACACAGAGAACUGUACAAGUUCACAGGGCUCUGCUGCAGGAAUCCACACAGACUCAGACGAUCUAUACUCAAGCUCUACACAAGGUCCCAGGAUGCCUCAGCUAGUGAUGGAGUUUUUGCUCUGUGAUCUAGAUCAGCUACAACUCCAGAAAAAGGUCACUACUUCUCUUCAGCAGGAGAUGGCUAGCUGGAGGAAACACAGGAACCCCACUACUUUUACCCUGAUGUGCCUCAUGGCUGACCAGAUGGUGGUCUGUAUUGUGGAGUGGGCUCGCACUUCCAUCUUCUUUAAACAUCUCAAGGUGUGUGAUCAGAUGAAGUUACUGCACCACUGUUGGAGUGAACUGUUGAUCCUGGACAUCAUUUCCGGACAUGUCCUUUACAACAGGGAUGGCAGCUUGCUUCUGGUCACUGGGCUGGAGGUGCAGCUGUCAGACAUAGCAUCUCCUACCCUAGCCAACCUGAUCCAGAGUGGACAAGAGCUGAUUGAUAAGCUCCAUACCCUGAAGGUGGACUUCCAAGAGUUUGCCUGUAUUAAAUUCCUCAUCCUCUUUAACCCAGGUGUGAAAGAACUUGAAGAACAUCAGCUCAUAGAGAGUGUGCAGGAGCAGGCUGAAAGAGCCCUCCUGGAAUAUACCCAAUGCACCUCUUCUCAGCACCUUGGACGCUUUACUAAUCUGCUACUGUGUCUCUCUGAGUUACGCUCUCUCAGCAUUCUUGCUGAAGACUACCUGUACUGCCGACAUCUUAAUGGUGAAGUGCCCUGCAACAACCUGCUCACUGAGAUGCUCCGUGUGAGGCACAGCUUGGCAUGAAGACUGUCUGCAUAUAUUACUAUUGAGUUGAUGAAUGUCUUGUACAAUGAGUUAUCCUUAAUAUCAGUCAGUGCUUAUGGCAGAAUAUACAAUAAAAAUUAUAUAAAGGACAUAAAUAGAAAAUUGGUCAUAAAGGGGAGAAUGUGACUUAUAAACCAUUAACAUUCUACUUUGUGUGGUUUCAGUUACUUAAGGUGCAAUAUGUGUUUAUCCCCUAUAUCUCAUUUCAUUUCCUGUUUACAUUUAAGAAAGCUGUAGUUGCUAAUUACAAGGUACCUUUUAGGGACACAAGUUACAAACAGCUGCAUCUGGGUAUAAAUAUGUGUCAUCUUGUGAUGUCCUUUGUCAGAUCUCCUGAAUACACCUGUGUAUGAGCUCUGUCCUUCAGCUGAAUUAAGAUUUCC